AUGAGCUUGAAAACAGGCCUUGAAGCAUGGGCGGGGCUAGGGAAGCUCUUACAACUCAACAAAGCGGGUAUUUUAAUGCUUAACACGGGGGCUAGAGCUGAGGUAAGUGCAUCUGAUUCUUCAUUUGCAACCGGGGAUGAAAAUCUGGAACAUUCCUUGGCAGCGAGUGAAACGAUCGAACAGGCCUUUACUAAAAACAAGAAUGAUAGCUUCAGGAAACAAAUCCUUGUUGUAUCUUCCACCGAUGCUAUUUCCUAUAGCUUACUGGUAUUGGACCUUUCUUCUGAGAUUGGGAUGAGGAAUUGGAGCUGUGGGAGAGAGGAAGAAGAGGCACCCACUAGAGAACAAAUGAUAUGGCUCGUUCGUAUAGGCAGAUCAAAAGUGAAUGCCUAUGUGCCAAAUAGCGUGACUCAAGAGAUAAUUGCAGCAUGUCAAUCAAGGUCCGGAUCGAAUCGCAUUGAGAAGGAAGGGAGACAGAUCUCAAUGUCAUGA